CGCGGCGGGGCGCUCUGGGCCGGCGUCUCUGUGGCGCGGCGCCCUCGCGGCUCCUCGUCCUCCCGCUCCUGAUGGGCCCCGGCCGGGAGGCGGCGGUGCGGGGCACCGGGGGCAGCAGCGCCGCCAGCAAGAGCUCGGCCGCCCGCGCGGGCUACACGCAGGACCGCUUCGUGCUCCGCCUCGUCCCCCGGCCCGGCCGCCGCGCGCCCCUCAUCCACCGGGGCUACUACGUCCGGGCGAGAGCGGUGGGCCACUGCGCGGAGGCCUUCCUGCGGGGCGGCGGCGGCGGCGGGCGGCGCAGGCAGGUGCUGUCGCUAGGCGCCGGGCUGGACGCGCUCUUCUUCGGCCUGCGGGGCGAGGGCCGGCUGGGGCGCGCCGCCUACUUCGAGGUGGACUUCCCGCAGGUGGCGGCCCGGAAGGCGGCCCUGAUCGCGGCGGACGAAGCGCUGGCCGCGCUGGCGGGGCCCCGGGCGGCGGAGCGCGAGUCGGGAGCUGUUUGUUAUGCGGGGGAAGAUUACUGGCUGUUGGGACUGGACCUGGCCGACCUUCCAAAGCUCGAGGAAGCCUUGCGUGGCGCUGGCUUGGACCCCCAGGCACCAACAAUGCUGCUGGCAGAAGUGGUCCUCACGUACAUGGAGGUGGAAAGAUCUGAUGCUCUGAUUCAAUGGGCAGCCAAGCAUUUCUCACAAGCGUGGUUUGUUCUCUAUGAGCAGAUCCACCCCGAUGAUCCUUUUGGACGUGUUAUGCAAAAUCAUUUUACCCAGUGCCGUUCUCCUCUCUGUUCCUUGGCCCAGUACCCUACCCUCAAGGCCCAGCAUGUACGCUUCCUGCAGAAGGGCUGGACGGCGUGCCAUGCCAUUGACAUGAAUGAGUUCUAUGCACGCUUUGUCUGUGGAGAUGAGCGACGGAGGAUCCAGGCCUUGGAGCCCUUUGAUGAGUUUGAGGAAUGGCACUUGAAAUGUUCCCAUUAUUUUGUCCUUGUGGCCUUGAAAGGGGAUGAGCUGUGCCAGACGCCGGUGUUUCCCGGGGUGGAAGAGAAAGCGUUCCUGCCUCUCGCGCCCCCUUGUUUUGCUGGGACUGUUGCUACAUCGGUCUGCGCUGCAGACUUGGGAAUCACCGACCUGAGACGAUACGGCCAUCGGUCUGUGCGCAUUGCACCUCAUGCGAUCCUUACCACAGGAGGGUUUGGUGACUGCCGUGGCCGUCACUGCCGCCUGACUGAACUGCAUGUCCUGAUCAAAUAUGGAGACGGGUGGAGAAGUGACAAUGUCUGCUUGGCCAAGUCUGGGGGAGCCUGGGAUGGACGGUUAUUCCACACAGUGACCCUUCUGCAGGCAGGCUGGGCUAUAGUGGUGGGGGGACGUCUGUCUCCAGUGAGCCCUGCCCUGGAGGUCUGUGGCUUGCGAAUGUUGGGGGCUGAUGGCUCCUCGACCCCCCACAGCUGUCCUGUGAUGGAGAUCAUUCGACUGCCUCCUGUGGAGGAUCUGGCUUUGCCACGCUGGAGACAUACAGCCACUGAAGUUGUUCAUCAAGGUGAGGCACACCUGUUCAUUUAUGGUGGCUGUAGCCGUGGGCAGGCUGUUCUGGCAGACUGGUGCUUCCUGCACUUGGAGGGGCUCUGUUGCCGGCAGGUUCCUGUGGAGGGUCCUGUUCCGGUCGGCCGCCAUUCUCACAGUGCCUGUGGGUGGGAAGGCGGCGCUCUCAUUGCAGGUGGUCUAGAAGCAACUGAACAGGCCCUGGGCACUGUCCUGUAUUUGAAGCCAACAGAGAGUGGCUUCCAGUGGUGUCCUAUUGAGACGUGUCCACCACUUACUCCUAGGUACUCGCACACAGCUCACGUGCACCGUGGGAAGCUGUUGCUGGUGGGUGGAGUCUGGUUUCAUGGCCCUUCAGUGCCCGGUGUGGCUGUGAUAGAUCUGGCAACAGGGUUCACCACAGAAUAUCACAUCGACACAGCUUCGUUGGAAUGGCCUCUGAUGCUACACAACCACAGCAGUGUCUUUAUGGCAGAGGAGGAGGAGGCUCUUCUGAUCGGUGGUGGUGGCAACUGCUUCUCCUUUGGGAGUCACCUUAACCGGCAUCCAGUCCACCUGGCCCUUGGUGACCUCUUGAGUGGGCAGUGAGGCUUCUGCAGAGAGGAUCUCGGGCGUGCCUGCAUUGGCAACACCUUGGGCUUUUCAGUUGUGGGAAGCAUCUUCUGAUCUACGCCAGCGUCCUCGGAGGAUAAUAAGUGGACUUUGACAGAGAUGAGAGAGCAUUGUUUGCCUCUUGGAGGAUAUUCUUGCAGGAAUAGCCAGGGCUGCCUUCUGCAGAGGAGGAGCUACAAGCAGCCACAAACACCCCGUAGCAGUUAAUAAGCGGAAGGAAAGAGGCGGCAGAGAAACACAGAGUGGGCAGCUGCUGCAGCUGCUGGCACCUGUUUAAGGGCCCCUGCCUGAAGAGGUGUCGCUCCAGUAACUUGUGGUUCUGCUGUCAUGGCAGGGGGAGGCCAAGGUGGUGGAAUUCUGAUCUUUGUCAUGGUAGUUUAUUGUGAUAAAUGCGUAGUGCUAUCUGAUAACCAAGGAAGUUAUUUUUCACAAAAUAUUUUUUUAAGAAAGAUAAGCAGCCUUUUCUUAAUGUCAUACAUUGUUGUAUGAGAUUAUUUUAUUGCUUUAAAUCAAAAUUUGGUCUUUACCUAAGUUGUUUAAAAAGAAACUAGCUGUUUUAAAUUAUAUUUAUUUUUCAGCAGUUUUUAUCCAUCCAGGCACAUUCCUUUUCAUGAGGGGAUGAACAUAGGCUUAUAUGACUGACACAUUUCUUAAGUUACUUGCAAGAAAGCCUAACUAGAACUAACAGGGCUUGCUUCAAGGAAAUGUAUUGAGUUGAGGCUGAUGUCCUACUUCUGCUUUGUGCAUCGCUACCCUCUGCAGAAGUGGUCCCCUUGCACAUCUUUCUCAGGCAGGAUAUAUUCUUGUGUUGAGUGGAAAGCACCUAGUACCAAGGGACCGCCUCCCCAACAGAAGACAACACUGGUUAGGCAGAAGAAAAGCAUGGGAGAGCCAAGCCAUGAAGAGGUGUGUGUAGCACACGAUUGCCCUACAAAGGCAGCAAGAUUCCAGUGCACCUGAAAUGAAUGCCCAAAUUUUAAUUGAAAAGAAUAUACCAUUAUAGUCGUGGCAAAAGUAUAAUGAAAACAUAUUGAGAUGGGAGGAGGGAGUUGGAAGUCUAUUGCAUCUGCCCCUUCUGUCUAAUAUGCUGUACUCAAGUUUGGUUUUCCAAUAACCGGUGGAAUGUAUCCAUAUGGAUAUAGAGUACAGUGUUUGGGUGUUAUAAUUUCUAAUAAAAGAAUUGUUAUACCAGAA